AUGACUUCUGAAGUCACUGCAAGGCAGUUCAGUCACUUAAAUUCUCACAAGAUGCAUCAGAAGCAGCAUGAAGACCUCUUAAAGAGAAUGUAUAUGCCUUUUGUGAGAGGACCUGAAGACAGACACAUUUUUACCAGUUUCCAGGACAAAUGCAGUAAUGCUUUUCUCAAAUCCAAGCCAUUCAUUCAGGAUGAUCUGCCAAUAAUUAACCCUCCACCGUCGGCCCCCUUCCCACAUACGACACACCAGCCUGCAAACAGACGUCUCUCAGUAUUGGAAGAGAUAAAGCAGGACCAGCGGUGGAACUCAAGAGCAGUGCCAGAUAUUUCUCUCAGGGCAAAAAUUGGAGGAUGGACAAGUCCAGUAAAAGUUAUACCUGCUCCACCUAAAGUCAAAGAAAAUUUUUCGCCUCAUAAAUUUGCAUUUCAUGUGGACCCAGACAUUAAGUCAAGUGAUCCUUCCUCUGAAGCCUUCAGAGAUGAGAAAGCGCGGAAGUAUAUGUAUACCUCAGUGGCUCAAAGAGCAAAUGAAGACAUUCCCUGGGAUAGAAUGUUGCCACCCAAAGUCAGGCCUCCAGAAACAACAGCAGAGCCAAGGGCUGAUAGUGUCUCGCAGCGAACGAAGCAGUAUGAACCAGAAGCAGAAACAAGCCAAGUUGUUGGAAGCCUCUGGGACAGAUUUCAAAGAAGAGACUUCACAUCACCGCACAAGCCAAUUAAUUUUGUUAGUCCUUGCUCUCGAACUCAACACCUCCCUUUAUAUACAGGCUGUGUUGGUGCAGAGAAUCCUGAUGACCUGGACAACCCCUAUGUAGAUGCAAUUUUUCACAGCAGAGUUCGAAAUGCAGAACCACAAUAUGUGAAAUCUUCCUACUCUCCAAACACCUUUGGAUACACUGGCAAGGUUCAUUGGUCAGCCACCCAACCAGCAAAUUCUAAUCUUCCACCAACAUCACCAUCAAUAAUUUCACGAAUGUAUUGUUACCUGGCUACGCAUGGGAAGCCCACUGAAUUUCCGCAUCUGGGGCCUUUGUCACGGACCCUUGUACCCACGGAACCUCAAAAUUCUUUCAAUAAGAAGGAGAAAAAAAGAAUUGAACUUUGA